UUUGAACAGCGACGGCAGCGCCCAUCUACGGCAGCGCCUGCCUGGGUUGGAAUUUGGGAGCAACAAGGAAGAAGAGAAAUAUUCUAAUAGAGACAUACAAAGCCUGGUAUGGAUCAUUGCAUUUCUGAGGAAUAGUCUUUGCCAAACCAAGCCACGAUGUAUGGUAGUUGAUGCAGCACUGAUGUAGCGCGGACUAUAGACCCUGAAUGAACCCGUUUAGAUUUACCAGCCUGCCACGAGCGUUUCCACGCGUUUGCCUUUUUCUGCAAAAAUCCGGUGCCGCACUUUACAACUCCUCACCAAUUGAGGAGGUGCACCCGCAAAGCAUGCGUACAGGAGAGCGCGCGAGGGGGUGUCAUAUGAAGCGCAUCUCUGGUUCCACUGUAUCAGCACAUCCACUGCAGGCUGCGGAGCACAGUUUCAAGUGAAGAGGUAAUUUUGGUGGUGAAGCCAGGCACCUCUGCAUCGCUGCACUCACGGAGACCUAGUUAACAGCUUUAACAUUACAUUUUUUCAGUGGCCGGAUUGUUUUAGAAUUCUGUGCCAUAGGCCCUAUUCAAGUUUUUUACAAGCCUAUAGGUGCUAACACUAUUGGAUGUAGGAAUUAUCUUGGAGAGACGCGCAGUUGCAGGCGAGCAGUCUGGAUGGACGGUCCUCUGACCUCACAGAGACGUCUCCUAGCCAUCAAGCGUAUCCGCCCGACAUUCCUUCCACUCUGAAGAUCUGUCACAGAGGAGUAGAUUCUCGUGGACUUCCUUUAGAAUAACAACCGACCUCCAGGGAACGUAGCUCCAGAUAAAGGUGCUUGCAGCAGUGCGGUCCUCCAGUCCAGUUCUUGAAGCUCUGUGUGAGAGGAGCCCUCCUGAGCCUCCUCUCCCAGCCAGCCCCCUCACAUUGUUGCCAGGGCUGAAUCUCUGCUGCCCAGGGAGGGGUCCCGACAUGUCCACCAAGGCCCCCAUUUACCUGAAGCGGCGGAGCAGGAAGGGGAAGAAGGAGAAGCUGCGGGACAUCCUGUCCUCGGACAUGAUCAGUCCUCCGCUGGGGGACUUCCGCCACACCAUCCACAUCGGCAGCGGCGGCGGCGAGGACGACCUCUUCGGGGACCUGUCCUUCCUGCAGGGGAAGUUCCACCUGCUCCCGGGCCAGCAGGGCCACAGCCUGUCCCAGCGCUCCAGCAUGUACGGAGAGCCCUUCCAGUUCAGCCGCACGGCCAGCGUCAGCGGACACACGCCCUCCUCGGAGAGCUCCCCCUUGCUGAAGAACGCCUUCUCUCUGCCUGUCAUCGGGGGGGUGCAGGCCAUCACCCUGCCCCUCAACUCCGCACCCCCCCCUGCCCCCCAGUCGCCUCAGAGUGCAGCUCCUCCGCCCAAACCCCCCAGACUGCACCUGGACGACAGGGCCCUCCCCUCUGGCCAGGGUCCCUCCUCUCCGUCAACCCAGUCGCCCUGCGGCAUGGCCAGGUUCAGCCCACCCCUGCCCAGGGUCUCCUCGGUGGAUGACGUGUGCAUCCAGGACCCCUAUGUGGAGGAUGACAGCCAGGAGCACUCCUACAUGUCCCAUGCUGGCUCCCUGCUCUCCCUGCACCUCGACCUGGGCCCCUCCAUCCUGGACGAUGUCCUGCAGAUCAUGGACAGCCAUCGUCUGAACGGGCUUAACAGCACCUGUCUGCAAGGGGGCAUGCAGGGGAUCUACACCUGACGACAUGCACCCUCCUCCACCCUGCCUGCACCCCCUCGGCUCACUGUCUUCUUUCAGUCCUUCUUAGUGUAGGUGAGACAAGGGACUGUAACGUCAGAUACCCUUGCAGGAUCACAAGGCUGGGUAAUAGAGCACUCAUAUUAAGUGCACACUCCUGGCACUUUGCUUCAGUUGCUGUUAGUGAAUACCUUUUACACUUUUGCCCUCAUGUGAAAUGUCUGCGGUAAAUACAUGACUCAGACUGUGCUGACACUGUUAUAGUACAGUAUGUCCUUUCUGACGUUCCUCACAGACAACUACGAAGACUUUGGUGGAAGAGUGCACUGCUGGUCAGAAACGUUAGCAAGCAUGUGAGUUUUUUACUGCGUGUAAGGACGCUACACAGCUCCUAACCUCCCCGUCUGUUCCCUGGCAACACAGAGGCCUGUGUUACAACACAGAGGCCUGUGCUGCAUCACACAGCUCGCUCAACUCUGCUGGGACCCAUUUUCAGGCUCUGCUUGGUUCUGUUGGUGCUAUUGUUCUCAAAGACAGGCGGAUGGGGGAAAAAGGAACUGUACAAAAGGGUGAUGUCAUUCUCCCCAGGGACCAGAGUGGGAGAAGAGGUGACCUCCUUGAGUCUUUGACACAAUUCUCCUGCUUUUCUUUUUAAACCAAGUGACCGAUGAAACCAUGUGUUUUAUGUGGAGUUUGAUGUUGAAUUGAGGGCCUGGGUGAGGAAGUGUACUCCAGAAAACGAGUUUGAAAGUUCAACAACAGUUUCGGGCCCACUGAGGCUUGAAAUAAUGGAUAUAAUAAGAUGUGCAGUAGCUACAUUACCAUUUACUGAAAAGAGUUUAUAAUGAGAUUCUCACUACAACUGCAAACCCCUGUAGGAUUCCAUGCACUGUCUCUAUUACGUUAAGUAACCAAAACAUCCCCAUCUGUUUUGGGGAAAUCUAAACUGGUUAUAGCUGUUGUAGAGAUAUGUAUGCUGGAACUGUACAGUAUUUUUGAUAUUACAAGGGCAAUGCAAGAAUACUACAGUAUUCUGAACAGCUUCAUGGGUUUGUUUUUCCUCAAUUAUUACUCGUAGGUAUGAUGGUAUGAUUAUAAUAUAGCAAUCUUCUUUUUAUUUCAUUUUAAGGCUCUCUAAUUCACUGCAUACUUUUGAAUUUGGUGAUGAUGGUUUAGUAACCAUUGAAGUCCACCAUGCUAUUAGAAAGGGGCCCAUAGCACAAGUAACUCAUAGGCUUUUAUUCUGGAUAGUAGUGAUACAGUAACCAUGAUAACAUCACACAUUUAGCAUGCACUUGGAGGACACCAUGGUUGACAUUUAAAAUGUAUCGAACAAAAGCACUAGAAAUUAUUAUUUUUGUCUGUAUCUUACACAGAAAUGUCAACUUGCAAUAAAACCUGCUGUAAUUA